AGGGCCGUGGGCGCCAGAGCUCAGGGAGGAGGUCUCAGGUUCCCGCAGGUGUGAGGAGGCGGCACAGUGAGCCUGCGAGCGCUGGGAGAAGGCAGCCGGCAGAAUGAUGCCCCAGAAGAAAAGGCGGAGGAAGAAGGACAUCGACUUCCUGGCCCUGUACGAAGCGGAGCUGCUGAACUACGCCUCGGAGGACGACGAGGGGGAACUGGAACACGAGUACUACAAGGCCAGAGUGUAUGAAGUGGUCACAGCCACGGGGGAUGUUCGCGGUGCAGGGACGGAUGCCAAUGUCUUCAUCACGCUUUUUGGAGAGAAUGGGCUCUCUCCCAAGCUCCAGCUCACCAGCAAGAGCAAGUCUGCCUUUGAGAAGGGCAACGUCGAUGUGUUCCGGGUGAGAACCAACAAUGUGGGCCUCAUCUAUAAAGUCAGGAUUGAGCAUGACAACACGGGCUUGAAUGCCAGCUGGUACCUGGACCAUGUGAUUGUGACCGACAUGAAGAGGCCUCAUCUCCGUUACUACUUCAACUGCAACAACUGGCUGAGCAAGGUGGAAGGUGACCGCCAGUGGUGCCGUGACCUGCUGGCCAGCUUCAACCCCAUGGACAUGCCCAGAGGUAAUAAGUAUGAAGUCAAGGUAUACACUGGUGAUGUAAUUGGUGCAGGGACAGAUGCUGAUGUCUUCAUCAAUAUUUUUGGAGAGUAUGGAGACACAGGGGAGCGUAGGCUAGAAAAUGAAAAGGACAACUUUGAAAAGGGAGCUGAAGACAGGUUCAUCCUGGAUGUCCCGGAUUUGGGGCAGCUGAUGAAGAUCAAUGUUGGCCACAACAAUAAGGGGGGCUCUGCAGGUUGGUUCCUGUCCCAGAUUGUCAUUGAAGAUAUUGGGAACAAAAGAAAAUAUGACUUCCCCCUUAACCGCUGGCUGGCCUUGGACGAAGACGAUGGCAAAAUCCAAAGGGAUAUCUUAGUGGGCGGAGCUGAGACCACAGCUAUUACGUAUAUUGUCACCGUCUUCACUGGGGAUGUCCGGGGGGCUGGUACCAAAUCCAAAAUCUACUUGAUCAUGUAUGGGGCCAGAGGGAAUAAGAACAGUGGGAAAAUCUUCCUGGAGAGCGGCGUGUUUGACCGAGGCCGCACGGACAUCUUCCACAUCGAGCUGGCUGUCCUCCUUAGCCCCCUGAGUCGGGUCUCCAUCGGGCAUGGCAAUGUGGGUGUCAACAGAGGCUGGUUCUGUGAGAAGGUGGUGAUUCUGUGCCCCUUCACUGGUAUCCAGCAGACCUUCCCUUGUAGCAACUGGCUGGAUGAGAAGAAAGCGGAUGGGUUGAUUGAGAGGCAGCUCUAUGAGAUGGUGUCUCUCAGGAAGAAACGGCUGAAAAAAUUCCCUUGGUCCCUGUGGGUCUGGACAACCGACCUAAAGAAAGCUGGUACCAACUCUCCCAUCUUCAUCCAGAUUUAUGGGCAGAAGGGGCGGACAGAUGAGAUUCUCCUGAAUCCCAACAACAAGUGGUUCAAACCCGGCAUAAUCGAGAAGUUUAGGAUUGAGCUCCCGGAUCUCGGCAGGUUUUAUAAGAUUCGAGUAUGGCAUGAUAAAAGGAGUUCUGGUUCUGGAUGGCAUUUAGAAAGGAUGACCCUGAUGAACACUCUGAACAAAGACAAGUACAACUUCAAUUGCAACCGCUGGCUGGAUGCCAAUGAGGAUGACAAUGAGAUAGUGAGGGAAAUGACUGCAGAAGGCCCAACAGUGCACAGGAUCAUGGGCAUGGCCCGGUACCGUGUGACUGUGUGCACAGGUGAACUUGAAGGUGCUGGGACCGAUGCCAACGUCUAUCUCUGCCUUUUUGGUGAUGUGGGGGACACGGGGGAACGGCUGCUCUACAACUGCAGGAAUAACACAGACCUGUUUGAAAAGGGCAAUGCUGACGAGUUCACUAUCGAGUCUGUCACCAUGCGGAAUGUGAGGCGGGUGAGGAUCAGACACGAUGGCAAAGGCUCCGGCAGCGGCUGGUACCUGGACAGAGUGCUGGUGAGAGAGGAGGGGCAGCCUGAGAGCGACAACGUGGAGUUCCCAUGUCUCAGGUGGUUGGACAAGGAUAAGGAUGAUGGGCAGCUGGUCCGAGAGUUGCUACCCAGUGACAGCAGCGCGACACUGAAGAACUUUCGCUAUCACAUCAGCUUGAAGACUGGGGAUGUCUCUGGGGCCAGCACGGAUUCUAGAGUCUACAUCAAGCUCUAUGGGGAUAAAUCUGACACCAUCAAGCAAGUUCUUCUUGUCUCUGACAACAACCUCAAAGACUACUUUGAACGUGGCCGGGUGGAUGAGUUCACCCUCGAGACCCUGAACAUUGGAAAUAUCAACCGGCUGGUGAUUGGGCAUGACAGCAGCGGCAUGCAUGCCAGCUGGUUCCUGGGCAGCGUUCAGAUCCGUGUGCCCCGUCAAGGCAAGCAGUACACCUUUCCCGCCAACCGCUGGCUGGACAAGAACCAGGCUGACGGGCGCCUGGAGGUGGAGCUGUAUCCCAGCGAGGUGGUGGAGAUCCAGAAAUUGGUCCACUAUGAGGUUGAGAUUUGGACAGGAGAUGUGGGUGGCGCAGGCACCAGUGCCCGAGUCUACAUGCAGAUCUAUGGAGAGAAAGGCAAGACAGAAGUGCUCUUCCUCUCCAGCCGCUCAAAAGUUUUUGAACGGGCCUCCAAGGACACAUUCCAGCUUGAGGCGGCCGACGUGGGCGAGGUCUAUAAGCUCCGGCUCGGGCACACGGGCGAGGGCUUUGGGCCCAGCUGGUUCGUGGACACCGUGUGGCUGCGGCACCUGGUGGUGCGGGAGGUGGACCUCACGCCGGAGGAGGAGGCCCGGAAGAAGAAGGAGAAGGACAAGCUGCGGCAGCUGCUCAAGAAGGAGCGGCUGAAGGCCAAGCUGCAGAGGAAGAAGAAGAAGAGGAAGGGCAGCGACGAAGAGGACGAGGGGGAGGAAGAGGAGUCGUCCUCAUCAGAGGAGUCCUCUUCAGAGGAGGAGGAGGAGACGGAAGAAGAGGAGGAAGAGGAGGAGUUUGGGCCGGGGAUGCAGGAGGUGAUUGAGCAGCACAAGUUCGAAGCCCACCGCUGGCUGGCCCGGGGCAAGGAGGACAACGAACUUGUCGUGGAGUUGGUGCCAGCUGGCAAGCCGGGUGCUGAGCGAAACACCUAUGAGGUUCAGGUGGUCACGGGGAAUGUGCCCAAGGCCGGCACUGAUGCUAACGUCUACCUAACCAUCUACGGCGAGGAGUAUGGAGACACGGGCGAACGACCCCUGAAGAAGUCAGACAAGUCCAACAAAUUUGAGCAGGGGCAGACAGACACCUUCACCAUCUAUGCCAUUGACCUGGGGGCCCUGACCAAGAUUCGGAUUCGCCACGACAACACAGGCAACAGAGCAGGCUGGUUCCUGGACAGAGUAGACAUUACUGACAUGAACAACGAGAUCACGUACUACUUUCCAUGCCAACGUUGGCUGGCAGUGGAGGAAGAUGAUGGCCAGCUGUCCAGGGAGCUGUUGCCAGUGGAUGAGUCCUAUGUGCUGCCACAGAGCGAGGAGGGUGGGGGAGGCGGUGACAACAACCCCCUCGACAACCUGGCCCUGGAGCAGAAAGAUAAAUCUACCACAUUCUCAGUGACCAUAAAGACUGGGGUUAAGAAGAAUGCGGGCACAGAUGCUAAUGUCUUCAUCACACUCUUUGGCACACAAGAUGACACUGGAAUGACCCUCCUGAAGUCCUCCAAGACAAACAGCGAUAAGUUUGAGAGGGACAGCAUUGAAAUCUUCACGGUGGAGACGCUGGAUCUGGGAGACCUGUGGAAAGUCCGGCUUGGCCAUGACAACACAGGCAAGGCCCCAGGCUGGUUUGUAGACUGGGUAGAGGUGGAUGCCCCAUCUCUUGGGAAGUGCAUGACGUUUCCCUGUGGCCGCUGGCUGGCCAAAAAUGAAGACGACGGAUCCAUCAUCAGAGACCUCUUCCAUGCAGAGCUUCAGACGAGGCUGUACACACCAUUUGUUCCUUACGAGAUCACCCUCUACACCAGUGAUGUCUUUGCUGCUGGGACAGAUGCCAACAUCUUCAUCAUCAUCUAUGGCUGCGAUGCCGUGUGCACCCAGCAGAAGUAUCUGUGUACCAACAAGAGGGAACAGAAGCAGUUCUUUGAGAGGAAGUCUGCCUCCCGCUUCAUUGUAGAGGUACUUGGGCUCAGCAGGCUGUCCAGGGAUGGAGUAGGUCAGACAGAGGGAGAGGAGAAGCCCUACCUUCAGGGCAGAACGCAUGCCCUUCAUCCUGAUGCACUGCUAUUAGAGAGGAAGUUAGAAGAUGUGGGAGAAAUCAUUGAAAAAAUUCGGAUUGGCCAUAAUAACACGGGCAUGAAUCCUGGGUGGCACUGCUCUCACGUGGACAUCCGCAGGCUCCUCCCGGAUAAAGACGGUGCAGAGACCUUGACUUUCCCAUGCGAUCGGUGGCUUGCCACCUCUGAGGAUGACAAAAAGACCAUUCGAGAACUGGUUCCAUAUGACAUCUUCACUGAGAAAUACAUGAAAGAUGGGUCCUUACGGCAAGUCUACAAGGAAGUAGAAGAGCCUCUGGACAUUGUGCUGUACUCGGUGCAGAUCUUCACAGGGAACAUUCCUGGGGCAGGGACGGAUGCCAAGGUGUACAUCACCAUCUAUGGAGACCUCGGGGACACUGGGGAGCGAUACCUUGGCAAGUCAGAGAACCGGACCAACAAGUUCGAGAGAGGAACGGCUGACACCUUCAUCAUCGAGGCCGCUGACCUAGGCGUCAUCUACAAGAUCAAGCUCCGCCAUGACAACUCCAAGUGGUGCGCAGACUGGUACGUGGAGAAGGUGGAGAUCUGGAAUGACACCAAUGAGGACGAGUUCCUUUUCCUAUGCGGGCGCUGGCUAUCCCUGAAGAAGGAGGAUGGGCGACUCGAGAGGCUCUUUUACGAGAAGGAGUACACUGGGGACCGCAGCAGCAACUGCAGCAGCCCUGCUGACUUCUGGGAGAUCGCCCUGAGCUCCAAGAUGGCCGAUGUCGACAUCAGCACAGUGACCGGGCCCAUGGCUGACUACGUUCAGGAGGGCCCAAUUAUUCCCUACUAUGUGUCAGUCACCACUGGGAAGCAUAAGGACGCGGCCACUGACAGCCGAGCCUUCAUCUUUCUCAUCGGGGAGGAUGAUGAACGUAGUAAGCGCAUCUGGUUGGACUACCCCCGAGGGAAGAGGGGCUUCAGCCGUGGCUCUGUGGAGGAGUUCUACGUCGCAGGCUUGGAUGUGGGCAUCAUCAAGAAAAUAGAGCUGGGCCAUGACGGGGCCUCCCCUGAGAGCUGCUGGCUGGUGGAAGAGUUGUGUUUGGCAGUGCCCACCCAGGGCACCAAGUACAUGUUGAACUGUAACUGCUGGCUGGCCAAGGACAGAGGCGACGGCAUCACCUCCCGUGUCUUCGACCUCUUGGAUGCCAUGGUGGUGAACAUUGGGGUGAAGGUUCUCUAUGAAAUGACGGUGUGGACAGGGGAUGUGGUUGGCGGGGGCACUGACUCCAACAUCUUCAUGACCCUCUACGGCAUCAACGGGAGCACAGAGGAGAUGCAGCUGGACAAAAAGAAAGCCAGGUUUGAGCGGGAGCAGAACGACACCUUCAUCAUGGAGAUCCUAGACAUUGCUCCAUUCACCAAGAUGCGGAUCCGGAUUGAUGGCCUGGGCAGUCGGCCGGAGUGGUUCCUGGAGAGGAUCCUACUGAAGAACAUGAACACUGGAGACCUGACCAUGUUCUACUAUGGAGACUGGCUGUCCCAGCGGAAGGGCAAGAAGACCCUGGUGUGUGAAAUGUGUGCCGUUAUCGAUGAGGAAGAAAUGAUGGAGUGGACCUCCUACACCGUCGCAGUUAAGACCAGCAACAUCCUGGGAGCAGGCACCGAUGCCAACGUGUUCAUCAUCAUCUUCGGGGAGAACGGGGAUAGUGGGACACUGGCCCUGAAGCAGUCGGCAAACUGGAACAAGUUUGAGCGGAACAACACGGACACAUUCAACUUCCCUGACAUGCUGAGCUUGGGCCACCUCUGCAAGCUGAGGGUCUGGCACGACAACAAAGGGAUAUUUCCUAGCUGGCAUCUGAGCUAUGUCGAUGUGAAGGACAACUCCCGUGAUGAGACCUUCCACUUCCAGUGCGACUGCUGGCUCUCCAAGAGUGAGGGUGACGGGCAGACGGUCCGCGACUUUGCCUGUGCCAACAACAAGAUCCAUGAUGAGCUGGAAGAGACCACCUACGAGAUCGUCAUAGAAACGGGCAACGGAGGCGAAACCAGGGAGAACGUCUGGCUCAUCCUGGAGGGCAGGAAGAACCGAUCCAAAGAGUUUCUCGUGGAAAAUUCUUCUAGGCAGCGGGCCUUUAGGAAGGGGACCACAGACACGUUUGAGUUUGACAGCAUCUACUUGGGGGACAUUGCCUCCCUCUGUGUGGGCCACCUUGCCAGGGAAGACCGGUUUAUCCCCAAGAGAGAACUUGUCUGGCAUGUCAAGACCAUCACCAUCACCGAGAUGGAGUACGGCAAUGUGUACUUCUUUAACUGCGACUGCCUCAUCCCCCUCAAGAGGAAGAGGAAGUACUUCAAGGUAUUCGAGGUUACCAAGACGACAGAGAGCUUUGCCAGCAAGGUCCAGAGCCUGGUGCCCGUCAAGUACGAAGUCAUCGUGACAACAGGCUAUGAGCCAGGGGCAGGCACUGAUGCCAACGUCUUCGUGACCAUCUUUGGGGCCAACGGAGACACAGGCAAGCGGGAGCUGAAGCAGAAAAUGCGCAACCUCUUCGAGCGGGGCAGCACAGACCGCUUCUUCCUGGAGACGCUGGAGCUGGGUGAGCUGCGCAAGGUGCGCCUGGAGCACGACAGCAGUGGCUACUGCUCAGGCUGGCUGGUGGAGAAGGUGGAGGUCACCAACACCAGCACCGGCGUGGCCACCAUCUUCAACUGCGGCAGGUGGCUGGACAAGAAGCGGGGGGAUGGACUCACCUGGAGAGACCUCUUCCCUUCUGUCUGAGGGGCUAGGGCCCCCAUCCUCUCACUGAGAUGCCCCAAUCUCACAUUUCUGCCCUCCACCUUGGCGGUCAGCAGCCCUUCAAAGCCUCUAGCAUUGGCACUGGGGGCUAGCAGGCCACUGAGAACUUCAUGGGGUCCUGCUCCCCACCCUACCCCCAGUUUAUUGAACCUACAGUGAUAAUAAUUAGCAUGUGUCAUAAUCUGUGGCUGCCCAAAAAUAA